AAUAAGUUCAAUAAAAAAUAUAUCUGCGAAUAAGAAGACUUUUGAAGAAAAAAAAACGAUCCGGAUUUAUAUUUGUGGUUUUCAUAAAUGACAUCGCAGUUAUUUUUGUUUAAUUAUUAUCAAAUGUAUAUGUUUUUUUCUUAAAUUUGUCUUUGCUAUUCGAAAGUUGUCAUCCCUAAGUGAACAUAUUCAUGAGUUCCUCGAUUAUAUAAAAAGCUUGAAAAGACGAAUACGCUUAUCAAUUAAGUUCAUAUUAAAUUAUCAUUCCCAUGAAACGACAUAAAAAUAAUUAUUCCAUAUUUUUAAUCUUAUUCUAAUUUCAAUUGAAUAGCAUUUAAUUGCAUUUAAAAGUUAUAUCCCUCUUUGAUCAUAUUAUGCAUGCUGUUUUACAGGCGGAACAGUUGAUAUAUCUGUACAAGAAACAACCAACGAUGCCAAAAUGAACACUAUUUACAAGGUUUGCGGCGGAAGAUGGGGUGGAACUAAAGUAGAUGAAAGUUUUCUAAAAUUAUUACAUCAGGUUAUUGGAUCAGAAAAUAUGAAACACUUUAAAAAUGAAGGCAGGUCAGAAUUCCUGGAAUUUUUGCGAGGAUUUGAGCUAAAGAAGAGGACGUUCAACAAAGAUUCGAUGAAAAGAGUUGUCCUGAAGAUUCCUCCAGCUUUAGUGGAUAUUUUGUCAGAAAGAAGCGGCGAAGAAUUUGAAGAAAAAUUCAAAACAUUAGAACGAAAUAAAGCAUUAUCAUUCAGUGGAGACAAGCUAAAUAUCGACAAUUCCCUAUUUGCAUCUUUUUUCGAGAGUUCGAUGAAUGAUAUAAUUUCUCACAUUGAAGAUAUUUUCAAUGCAGACAUUUGCCGUGAUUUGGUUGGGGUUGUCAUGGUUGGUGGAUUUUCGGAAAGUAUGUUUGUUAAUUCUGCCGUUAAAAAAGCUUUCCCGGGCAAAAAGUUUAUCAUUCCAAUGGAAGCUGGUUUGGCUGUUGCCAAGGGGGCAGUUCUUUUUGGACACGAUCCUAAAAUCAUUUUUUCCCGAACAUGUCGAUAUACAUACGGACACGAGACUGGGGUUCCAUUCGAUAUUUCUAUACAUCCACUAGAAAAGAGAGAAAUUAUAGAAAGAAAAGUUUUCUGCAUGGAUAUCUUUUCAAAGUUUUAUACCAUUGGCCAACAAGUAUCGCUUGCUGAAGCAGUAGAAGAAACUACAACCUAUUCGUUUGUCGAUGAAUAUAGAAAGCAUUUGCGCGAUGAACUUAUCAAUGUAAAUGUCUUCAUUUCAAAAAAGGAAGCACCUAUGUAUGUUGAUGAAAGUGGGUGUGAACUACUCGGAAAAAUAAUAAUAGAAUGUAAAAACGACGAAAGAAAAUGGCCGGAAAGAAUUUUUGUCAAAACAAGAAUGGAAAUUGCCGGAACAGAAAUAAAAGUCACGGCUACUACUCAUACUGGUGAAAGCGUGGAUGCAUCUUUUGAGUUCCUGUGAUGUGAUUUCGAACUUUUUAAAGUUAUGUAAUAGAUAGAUUUUUAUUAAAUAAAUAUAAUAUUGUUUUAAAACUUUAUGACGUCAAUCAAUUGUCUUAGUUUAACUGGUGACUGAAUUUAAACCUCUAUUGUUCCCAUGUACAUCGUUAUCAUGCAAAUUAAUGAAUGGAACUAUAAUUACCAGUUAUUAUGAAAAACAUUGUGUGUAAAUCAAUUGUUACGUAAGCAAUGCUAUGUUACGGAUUGUAUAAAGUAGCUGGUAUUCUGUAAUCAUGUAAAAAUUUACAAUAAAGGAUAUUUAUUAGGUGUAAUCGACUAAUCAUAAUUAUAUUUAUUCCAUGUUAAAUUUAUGUGUCAAAAUUUAA